AUGGUGAAGAUCAUGUUACCCCCCGCCUCCUUUCAGCAGCCAGCCCUUGGGGACGACUGUGACGAGGGAGGGCACUACUUAAAAGCAGUCGCUCCGGGGGGCGAUCUGGGCAAGGCCCCCGCACGAAACCAGCUUGCUAAGGACCCUUCAGCGUGCACGUUCUGGUGUGCAGUUGCUCUCGGGGCGCUCGCAAAGGGGAACCCGAUCGAAUCGGUGACAAGUUACGCCCAACUGGCAGAAGAAGCGCUUUCCAAUAGCAGGUCCGGUCCCGGAGACGCCGAGGUCGCAAAGGCAUGGGUAAUUCUGGCUAACCUGCACGGCUUCAUGGGAGACAAGGGUUUCGCCGAAAUCGUCAAGUCCAAAGACAUCGCCAACGUGUCCUGUGGAAAAUGGCAAGUGGAGCCAUUCCCUGUCCAAGAAGAAACCGUUUCUCCUCCUCAGGUGUGCGCGCUGGUUGCAUCGAGGGGUCGCUUGGCGAUGCACAUCCUCAAGCCAGAAUAUGUAAUGAGCUGGGUCCUUCUGUAUUUGAAGUGGCAGGUAACUGAUUCACCUACCCUACCCCUCCACUCUCGGCUGUCACGACGCUCUCAGCUAAACGAGGCUGCUACCGAAGUCGAGCUGUAUCGAUACCUUUCUCAAUCCUGCGCAGCGUUUGAGAAGGCGAUCUACACGACAGCGACCGAGCAGAGCGCGAGUGGCACCAACAGCCUGUGCGACUCUGAGCUUCAUGGUAGGCCAGACGUGGUGCCCGCUUCCCUGGAAGACUUAAUGGCUGCUGAUAUCUCCAAGGCUAUGCGGACGUUGUUGGAGGAUGACGGUUUUGUCGAUUUUGGACCGCUUCAAGAAGCCGUGGAUCGGGAGACAUGUGGCCAAGGUGAAGCUGAUCUGACCUUUCAAGGAUUUAUCGAGGCCCGAGCUAUUGCUUGCAAACCCAUCGCGAGGAUCGGAUCAAUCUUCAACGUCUACUUCCCACUUCGACCGGCUCUCACGUUUCCGUACAACCGUUGGUAUACGUCUCAAUCGCAAUUGACUCGCACGUCAAACUGGGGUGCGGUCUCUUCGGUGACAAGAUCAAGCAUUCGCUUGGGGAUCGGCGUCCUUUUCAUCAACGGGUACCACAUGGCACACAUAUUGCUUAUAUGUCUCGCAGCGGCCGGCGGUUCGAAUGACCAGGCGAUGUACGCCAGGAUACGGGUAAUUUUGAAUUAUUUUCGUCCUCCUGGCUCCCAUCCCGUGCCCCCUUUCGUGGAGUGGCGCGGAGUGGGCGCCUUUUGCGAUGAAAUAUCCUGCAGAUCCAUCGAGGGGCUCAUCCCCUGUGGGCACGUGAGACCCUUCUUGGAGCCACCCGUCGACGACAUCGAUGCCGACUUUGGAACAAAGGUCACUGGCAGCAACAUAGACGAGGAUGCUCCUCAUGGCCAUGGAUUCACCCAGCGCGAGAUACUGCCGGCCUUCAACAGCAUACCCGGAAAGAUCAUCGGGACUGCACCCGUGUGGCCUACUGACAGCGGGGUUGAGAGUGACAUCGGGCCCACUCUGGUGCCUACAGCACCACCCACUACUUCGCGGACAUCCUCAAAUCGUGCAUUCUAUCAAUCUGAGGCAGGGCUUCACUCCGUGGGUGUUGCCAGGGGGGUCACCACGCCCGAGCCAUCUGCAUUGGGGUUGUCAGAGAGUAGUGAGCGGGAUUGGAAGCCAGAGGAUACGGAUGAAGUUGAUAUUGCCGAAGAAGAUUGGCUGGAUGUUGCCCAUGCCAUUUCAGAUGCAGCCGAAACCGUGUGAUGGCGGAGAUGACACCGGAGCUCGUCUCUGGUGAGCGAACCGGCUGGCGAAUAGUAUUGGUGGGGGAAUCGUGAGCUCAAUUUCUUCCCCCAGGCGUAUGUGUGGUGUGGUUUGGGCCAGCGGUGAUCUGUGGCAUUUCUAUUUUCUCUGAUGCAAGUAUUAUCGGGAAGUGUUGUCGCAGACGCCGCAACGUUAUUUUUUUCCUCGCUUCUCCACGUCUUUCACCCAUGACAUGUGGGAAUGACUUUAGCGUAAGCCGUAACGUUUUCAUGUAAACUCUUUGGUUGAUGGUAAUGUAGUGCCCGAAACUGCUUUGGCGCUGCUGCUGGCUUUGUGUGCCUCGAGAUCUCUCAUUCCAACUAUGUUUGGUAUAUUUGCGUCAGUGCCCUUUGGCAGGACUGUUUGCCUAGAAUGGGUGUCGGGUGUUUUUCGAGCUCGGGUGCCUUCCCUUUGCACUCGUAGGUCUCUGUUCUUGGGGCAUAUGCAGACAGAGUUGGCAGUUGACAUCACAAGAAUAUGUGCGCGGGUAUGGUGUGGUGAUUGUGAGCCUAUCCUUGUGCAGGAAGUAGAGUAGUGGUGAU